GUAAGAAGGAGCAACAGUGUUUGGCUAUGGUGAAUGAGUGAAGGAGGUGGAAGUGGAAGAAGGCAUGAAGGUACUUGGCUAUGGUGGAUGGGUGAAGGAGGUGGAGGAGGAAGAAGAUGUGAAGGUACUUGGAUAUGGUAGAUGGGUGAAAGAGGUGGAGGUGGAAGAAGGUGCAAAUGUGCUUGGCUAUCGUGGAACGGUGAAGGAGGUGGAGGUGGAAGAAGGUAUGAAGGUACUUGGCUAUGGUGGAUGGGUGAAGGAGGUGGACGUGGAAGAAGGUGUCAAGGUGGGAGUGGAAGAAGGCGUUAAGGAACUUGGCUAUGAUGGAUUGGUGAAGGAGGCGGAGGUGGAAGAAGGUGUGAGGGUACUUGGAUAUGAUGGAUGGGUGAACGAGGUGGAGGUGGAAGUAGGUGCAAAGGUGCUUGGCUAUGGUGGACGGGUGAAGGAGGUGGAGGUGGAAGAAGGUGUGAAAGUACUUGGCUAUKGUGGAUGGGUGAAGGAGGUGGCAGUGGAAGAAGGUGCAAAGGUGCUUGGCUAUGGUGGAUGGGUGAAGUAGUUGGAGGUGGAAAAAGGUGUGAAGGUACUUGGCUAUGGUGGACGAAUGAAGGAGGUCGAGGUGG